AAAAACAAUCUCUUCACAUGGAGAAGCUCUCUCCAAGUUGUAAAUUCCUCUAUAUAAAGACUCCUCAUUUUGCUUCCAUUUUGCCAUUCUUCUUCUUCUUUCUUCUUCUUCUUUAAUUCUCUAACCAGUUUAACAAUGGCAACUGACCCAAAAAUGGCAGCUCCCUCUGUUAUUGAUCAAACCCACAAAACUCUCUCCGAUUUCGACCCUCCCAAGAAGAAAAAGAGAAACAAUUUUGCUCUCACUUGUGCUGCUUUGGCUUCCAUGACCUCUGUUCUUCUCGGCUAUGAUAUCGGUGUUAUGAGCGGCGCCGCCAUUUUCAUCAAAGAAGACUUCAAACUCUCCGACACCAAAAUAGAAAUCCUCGUCGGAAUACUCAAUCUCUACUCUCUCAUAGGCUCUGCCGCCGCUGGCCGUACUUCCGAUUGGAUCGGCCGUCGCUACACCAUGGUCGUUGCUGCUGUCAUCUUCUUUGCCGGAGCUCUUCUAAUGGGAUUCGCUACUAACUACUCUUUCCUCAUGUUCGGCCGCUUCAUUGCCGGCAUCGGCGUCGGCUAUGCUUUAAUGAUUGCCCCUGUUUACACCGCCGAGGUUUCCCCUGCUUCCUCCCGUGGAUUUCUCACUUCCUUCCCUGAAGUUUUCAUCAAUUCCGGAAUCUUACUCGGCUAUGUCUCAAAUUACGGUUUCUCCAAAGUCUCAGAUCCAAUCAAAAUGGGGUGGCGAUUCAUGCUUGGAAUCGGCGCUAUCCCUUCUGUUUUCCUCGCCAUAAUCGUUUUAAUCAUGCCGGAAUCUCCCCGUUGGCUCGUCCUCCAAGGACGUCUAGGUGAAGCCAAGAAAGUCCUCGACAAAACCUCCGAUUCCAAAGAGGAAGCACUCAUCCGUCUCGCCGACAUCAAACAAGCAGCCGGAAUUCCACCAGAAUGCAACGACGACGUUGUCACCGUCACAAAAAAAGCGACACACGGUGAAGGUGUAUGGAAAGAACUCCUCAUCCACCCCACCGCCGCCGUCCGCCACAUCUUAAUCGCCGGCGUCGGAAUACACUUCUUCCAACAAGCCUCCGGAAUAGACGCGGUUGUAUUAUACAGUCCAAGAAUCUUCGAAAAGGCCGGAAUCACAUCAGCGAAUCAGAAACUAUUAGCGACGGUAGCAGUAGGAUUUGUGAAGACGAUAUUCAUACUUGUAGCGACGUUUUUGUUGGACAGAAUCGGACGGCGGCCGUUGCUUUUAACGAGUGUGGCGGGGAUGAUUGUUUCAUUAGGGACCCUUGGAUUAGCUUUAACAGUGAUAAAUCAAACGGAUAAGAAAUUGAUGUGGGCGGUUGUAUUGUGCAUAUCCAUGGUAUUAACGUACGUCGCAUCGUUCUCGAUUGGGAUGGGACCCAUCACGUGGGUUUAUAGCUCUGAGAUUUUUCCAUUGAAGCUACGCGCUCAAGGGACGAGUAUGGGAGUGGCGGUGAAUCGUGUGACCAGUGGAGUAAUUUCCAUGUCGUUUUUGUCGCUUUCUAAAGCUAUUACUACUGGUGGCGCGUUCUUCUUAUUCGCCGCCGUGGCUUCUGUCGGCUGGUUUUUCUUUUACACUGCUUUGCCGGAGACGCAAGGGAAGACACUUGAGGAAAUGGAGGGGCUUUUUGGUCAUUUUAGGUGGAAGUCCGCCGCUGCCGAAACCAAGGAGAAUGGUAGUGCUGGAGUUCAGUUGGCGGCGACGUCCAACGGUCACUCUUCUUAGAGUGGGGAGGGGUAGUUUGGUAAAUAUGCACUUUUUUUUUUUACUUUUUUUUUAAAAAAAAAAAAUUAGGGGAAAAUGUGGUGUGUGGUUUUGUAUGAGAGUAAGUUCUUCCCCUUGUCUGCAUGAGGAAAAAAAGAAAGUUAAAAGAAAAAAAAAAAAAAAAAAAAGGUAAAAUAGAAUGUUCCUUAAAAAAAGAAGAAAGAAGUAUCUCUCACUUCUUUUUUUUUUUCCUACUAAGAAAUCCUUUUUUACAUAUUGGUUUGAUAAAUGUUUAUUUGAAUUAGUUAAGGUAUAUUUUUUUAAAAAAUGUCCAUUUAUAA